AUGAUGCUGGUGCCCAAGCGCAUUCAAAAGGAAACACACAACCUUGCCAGCGAGCCCCCCCCGGGGAUCGAGGCCGCCCCAGACCCCUCCAACUACCGCUACUUCAAAAUCAUAAUGACGGGGCCUGCAGGGACUCCCUACGAGGGCGGCCGCUACCGCCUCGAAUUGUUUUUGCCCGAGCAGUACCCCAUGGAGCCCCCCAAAGUCCGCUUCCUCACCAAGAUUUACCACCCCAACAUAGAUGCGCUGGGCCGCAUUUGCCUGGACAUUUUAAAAGACAAGUGGAGCCCCGCACUUCAAAUCCGAACAGUUUUGCUUUCUGUUCAAGCUUUGCUUUCCGCCCCAGAGCCCGACGACCCCCUCGACACCCGCGUGGCCGAUCAUUUCAAGAACGACCGCCAGGCAGCAGAAGAAAGAGCACGGCAGUGGAGGGAGAUGUACGCUGGGGAUGAGACAAUAACGCUGGACUAG